CAGAGAAUAAUGAGAGUUAUGUUACGCUCCAUUUCCAGGACCCACCUUUUCUGUGGUUGUGCCUCCCUUCUCAUCAUUUUGGGAGUCAUCUACAUAUACUCAGGAUAUCCAAUCCCAUCCACCAGCUUUUGUGAGCCAUGUGAUAACAACCGUGAGCCAGAACUGAAGUUUGUAGAGAUAGAAGGUUGCCCAGAAAAAGGCCGCUGGACGAUCGGAGACCUAAAAAUGCAAACUGGACUGAAAUACGAGCAGCCCAGCACACAGAAAGGACGCACUGAUGUGAACGCAGUGACAAACUGGAACGCUCCUCUGGUCUGGGAGGGAACCUUUGACCCUGUGGUUAUAGAUGCAAUCUAUAAGAGGCUGGACCCAAGACUGGCUGUGGUGGUGCUCGCUGUUGGAAAAUACACCCGUUUCCUGAAAGGCUUUCUGGAGUCAGCUGAAAAGUACUUUCUUGUUGACUUCCGGGUCACUUACUACAUCUUCACAGACAAUAAACAAGAUGUUCCCAAAAUUGAACUGGGUACGGGCCGGAAGAUCACAGUUCUCGAUGUCCCUAGUGCCACCCGCUGGCAGGAUGUGGUACUGAGCCGGAUGAAAUGGGCCACCAUCGCCAUCGACAACCAGAUCCGUAAUGAAGCAGAUUAUCUUUUUAUGAUGGACGUCGACAGUGUCUUCCACAGCCGCUUCGGAGCAGAGUCCCUCAGCCCGCUAUCUGCUGUGCUUCACCGUGGCUACUACAAGACGACCAGGAAUUAUUUUCCAUAUGAGCGUCGGGGCACGUCCAAGGCGUACAUCCCUCCUGAUGAAGGAGACUACUAUUACACUGCUGCUGUCUGGGGUGGAUACCUGGAGGAAAUGUACAAGCUAGUCAAGUACUGUUACGAACAGUCAGAGGAAGAUGCCAAGAAUAAUAUUGAAGCUGUGUGGCAGGAAGAGAGUCACCUCAACAGGUACCUGUUGUACAACAAACCAACCAAGGUGCUGUCUCCAGAGUACUUGUGGUCAGAUUACGAUCAGGUACCAGCGGACAUCAGAGUGGUCAGGAUCUCCCAGCUGGUUAAGAACUACGCAGAGGUGCGGCCCAAUGGUGGACAGUGACGCAGAGUCAAUUCAAUAUC